GAAGGCACGGGGCUGCGUGGCGGGAGUCUAGCUGGCGCGCGGGAAAGGAAGCGUUUUGCCCUGUGCAUCAACCAGGAGGAGGAGAAGAGGUACCAUCGCUUCUGCAACCAUGGUGGAGGACAACAAAUGCUUAAGAUGGAGAGACAUGUUUACCUGAGGAGUGAGGAAGCGGAUGACAACAGUCCUCGUUGCCUUGAGCAGCAACGCUACUGGGAGACCAAGGCCAUUGUAAUUCAGCGGGCCUGGCGGGCCACCCUGUACCGCAAAGUGAGCUGGCAGGGGGACUGUGAGAACCGUAUGCAUCAUCAGCUUGGGACGGAGUCACUGGAGCCCUACCAGACAGCCGUGAUGGAUGAGUUUGGCCAGGACCUCUCUCUGGAUGAACUGAAGAGCCUCCAGACUGGCUUAAAGCCUGUCAAUGAUGAAAGCAUUCAGCUGCAGAGUCACCAGCUGACUACAGACCUUGAGAACAACUUCAACAUGCCCCCACUGGAGACCAAAGUGUUGAUUAUCCAGCGUGCCUGGCGUGACUUCCUCCAGAGACAGGAAGUGAUGGAGAAGAGGAGCCCCUCCCCUCCCUCCCUCUCCUCCUUUGACAAGAUGAGCAUGUCCAUCAGCAUGACCACUCUCUCAGAUGGCAUCACCCCUGACUACCGGGAGGAUGGCAUGGACUUGGGGAGCGACGCCUCCAGUCGCUCCAGCUCCGAGUCCAACUCCAACAAGGUGACACCCUGUUCUCCCUCCUUAGACCUGGCAUGCCUGGAGGACUACAAGUCCUCCCCAUCCCUGGAACUGGCAACCUUAGAAGGGGACUACAAAACCUCUCCCUCCCUGGAUCUGGCAACCCUGGAGGAUGAGGAUUAUGAGGAGGAUGAGGACUACCAGGAGUACAAGAAGAAGGUGAUUGAGGAGUGGAAGAGCGAGUACGGGGAGGACUACAGCUCCCAGCAGGCCCCUGGCCAGGAGGAGGGUGGGGUUGUGGUAGGUGCGCCAGGCGGAGGCUUCAGGAAGCCCGUGAACAGCCGCAGCCUGGCCGAGGAGUUCCAGGAUGUGAAGCCUCCACCUCUUCCUGCUCACAGUGGACACACAGCCACCUUCGCUGCUGCCGUGCCUGAGGAACUGAAACAGAAUGGCAACCUGAUCCUGCCCCACUCCCUACCAGGCCAGUACCCAGGGGCACGGGGGCCACCAAGCCCAGCCACAGGCGCCCAGCCGGCUCUGGAGAGACACCUGGCGGGGCUGCAGAGCAGAGAGCAGGAGAACCAGAACCUCAAUCACAACCACAGCCUGGGAAAGACCGCCUACACCUCAGCCCAAAAGAAUGAGGAUAGGAUAAAGUCCAUCCGGCUCAAGCUGGCCCUGGGUAGUUUUUUUGACGAUGGGCCGGGUAUCUAUACCAGCUGCAGCAAGAGUGGCAAGCCCAGUCUGUCCUCACGGCUGCAGAGUGGGAUGAACCUGCAGAUCUGUUUUGUCAACGACAGCGGCAGCGACAAGGACAGCGAUGCAGACGACAGCAAGACAGAGACCAGUCUGGACACACCGCUGUCCCCCAUGUCGAAGCAGAGUUCGUCCUACUCUGACCGGGACACUACGGAGGAAGACAGUGAGUCUCUGGAGGACAUGGACUUUCUGAGCAGACAGAAGAAGUUGCAGGCCGAGGCUAAGCUAGCCCUGGCGAUGGCCAAACCCAUGGCCAAGAUGCAGGUGGAGGUGGAAAAGCAGAACCGCAAGAAGUCCCCUGUGGCAGACCUGCUGCCCCACAUGCCCCACAUCAAUGAGUGUCUGAUGAAGAGGAGCCUGAAGACUACAGACCUGAGGGACAUGACCCUGGGACAACUACAGGUUAUAGUCAACGACCUGCACUCCCAGAUAGAGAGUCUGAAUGAGGAGCUGGUGCAGCUGCUGCUGAUCAGGGAUGAACUGCAUAUGGAGCAGGAUGCCAUGCUGGUGGACAUAGAGGACCUGACCAGGCAUGCUGAGAGCCAGCAGAAACACAUGGCUGAGAAGACACCAUCCAAAUGAGACACCCCACCCAACCUCACCCCCUUCCCAUCCCUUUACUCCACCCCUGCCCCUCUUUGGUCCCCGUGCCCUGCCCCAUGUCUCUCGCUGCACCCCCUCUGCCUGCCCCUCUCACCCACUCCCAUGGUGGCAGCAGCCAGAGGAAGGCCACCCUUUCAUUUGCUUCUGUGGUUGUCCCAGCGCUAAAGACAGAGCAUUUCCUGCUUCCUGGGAGAAGAGGAAACUGAUUGUGUGUUGUCAUGGAUACUGUCCCCGGCUUCCUGUGCAGUGAUUGGCCUUGCUUCGCUAUUGUUUAUUUUUAACUUUUUACAUUCGCCACUAAAUUAUAACUGUCAAUACAAAAUGGUGGAGAAAAAAAUAUAAUAAUAGUGAGAAAUUAGUAGAAAGUCAGUAAAAAAAAUGUAAGAAAAAAACAUUGUAUAAAACUAUGAAGACUAAUUUCAAACCAUUUUAAGUUGGAAAGUAAUUUUUAAGUAUUUCAAAGUUGACCUCUUUUUAUUCUGCACAAAUGGUAGUUUUCAACUGAGAAAUGUUUAUUUGAAGGUGCUAAAAGAGUGUAAAGGAAACAUGCCUGCCUUGUAGUGGAGUUAUAGCUUUUGGUAAUACGCUCACUCUGAUCGGUCUUCAACAUUUUGUGAAUGUUGAUUUUCUGACACUUUAAAUGAAAUGAAUAAAUGUGUUAAUAUCAUUUUCAUCCUAUUGUAUUCAGAAUUUUUAUUUGAGGGAAGAAAUGUUUAUGUACAGAUAUGUAAAAUAAAAAAUCAACUUUGUUUCAUA